AAACAUUGAUGGCAAGAAAAGGCCCUCUCAUCUUCCUCCACCUUCCCACCUGACCAGACCUUCUUAGUUUCUUUAGCAGGUCUUCCUCAGGGAUUCUGCUCUGUGAUCUUUUCAAUCGUGUUCAUCAGAUGGGUAGGGAUCCCGCAGGAUCAGACCCGAGGCCUGGGAGCCAAUCGCCUCUUGAUGGCUUCUCCCCGCUCUCUCCUACUCGGAUUUUCUGGAACUCGCGGAAAAGAAGGGGGAUGAAGGAGAAGGAAGACGACAGUGAGAGAGAGAAGAUGGAGAUGGACGCUGCUAAAAUCGAGGAAUUGCAGGCUUCCCCGUUGGAGAAGGAUAAACCGGAAUUGGAGCAGAGUGGUGCUUUCCUGUCGGAGAAGAGGAAAGCGCUCUUCGAGCCACUGGAGCCACUGAACGCCAACGGUCGGCGACCUCUGCCGGCUGAAUCGCUACUGCCACCGCCGGAUUUCGACUCCGCCGUGUACCCACGGGGAUGGUUGAUUGGCAAGAAGCGCAAGCUCGUCAACGUCGACGUCGUAGAGAGCAUGCGGAGGAUUGCCGUCCAGGAGAUGAAUAGGAAGGACAGAGAGAUCAACGGUCUGAACGAGCAGUUGGAGGAGGACGCCAGGUGCCUAGAACAUUUGCAGCUUCAACUAAGAGAGGAACGGAGUAAGAGGUCGGAAGUUGAGAGGGAGAACUCGAUGCUUCAGGACCAGAUUUCGAUGCUCAUGAAUAUGUUGCAGGAACAUGGUGCAAUGGAGGAAGGGGAAGAAGUAGAAGAUGAUGGACAUCCCCAAUGAAGCAGGACAUACGGUUAAGCUACCUCAGUGCUUCUCCCCUCUUUGGUAAGUUAGAACUGCUUAUAUAUCCAUGAUUCACAUUCAUCUUCUUGCGCGUGUAAUUUCCAUUGUUUGGCUGUAGCGAUUUGCAAUAAGUUGUAUAUGAUUGCGUAUGACGAUGGUGUAUGUUCAUGUUUGUGAAUGAACAGCCGGUGAACGCUGGGUAAAAUAAGAUGUGUAUAUUUUGCAGAGUAAUGAAUGUAGAAUAGUGUGUACAUGAGAGAAUCUUCUUUCA